AUUGCGGUAUUGUCAAACCCAGAUAUCACGGAAGGUAUCAUUCGAGGCAUCUGUAAAGUUUUACAACUUGCGUUGCCGCGGUACCGAGAUAGCACAUCACAAUUCUACAUUCGGAACAUGAUUAUUGCCCUUGUUAAGCUGCAUGGGGAUUGGACCAUGAAGCAUCUUACUUCCACAUUAAAUGAUAUUGCUGCUGCACAUAAGAAUUUGGUGUCAACGAAGCACACGUCACAGAGUGGGUUAUAUGCUUUAGGCUGGUCAUGCUUAUUGAUUGAACAUGGCCUCAGUAAUUGUUCUGAUAGUGCUAAGGCUGAGUUUCAGCGUCUUGUGGAUACGCAAGGAACACUUUUAUCAGUUGUACUUGCAGUUGGUAACAAGAAUAAGAGUGCUAAAGCCUAUCGGACAUUGUCGGCCAUGUGGAGAUCUGUGAAAGGUAGUGAGGAGUUGUAUGGAAAUGCAUUAACAAGCUCAGAACCUAGCACACAUAUUGUAGUAUUUGGAUCGUACCUCAUCCGAUACCUGACAGAAACAAAAAGAGUGGAUCUCAUCAACAAAUAUAAGGUUACACUUUUGGAAAUGUUCAUUAAAGUAGCAAUCAGUUGCAAGACAAAACCUGCUGUGUAUGCCAUCAGGGCAUCUGAUUCUCUGCUAAAGCAUGUUUCACAUGAAGAAUUCAAGCGGCAGCUGUUGCCUGCCAUGCAGAAAGCAAUGCUGCGCAACCCAGAAAUCAUUUUGGAAAGUGUUGGUCAUGUUAUUGAGGGCCUGUUCCUAGAUAUGAGUCAGUAUGCCCAGGAUGUCGGAAGGAGCCUUGCAACAAACUUGCACUCCAAGGAAGACCUUGCUCGUGAAGAGUCAGUUUCUGCGUGUCGUUGUCUGGCCCUGCAGUGCAGUGAUGCUGGUGCAUUAGAAGGUCUGUUACAGCAUCUCUUUGACGUAUUCCACGGCAGUGAAGGGAAGCUUACUGUAGCAACACACAAGAUGAGUGUUCUUCAGGGUGCAGGCAGUUUGAGUUGCAAUGCAGUGACGACUGGCUACAGUUCACAGAGGCUGGCUACUGUUGCAGCACACCAUUUUAUUAAAGUGUUGGAUGUAGAAGUUCAUGAAAAGACCCUGAUUGAAGCUUUAGAAAUGCUGUCGUUAUGGUGUAAUAAAUUCAACAAUGAAGUGCCAAAGGAUGUAAUGGAUUGGUUGAAGAAAGGUCCAGGUUUGAAGACUUCAACAGCAGCUGUGCGCACUGCGUACAUUGAAUGUAUGUCUGCUUGCUUGCAUGGGAACACACUGGCCCAAGGGAUUGAACUUAUACCACUUUUGCUGAAGACAGUGGAGAAGGCAGUUGCUCAGCCAGCACAGGUUCCUCUUGUGACUGAGGCCUUGUAUGCUGCUUGUUUGUUGCUCAAGAUGGCAGCAGCUGAUAUUGGUGCAGACAAAAAAUUGGACAACCUUUGGAGUGUUGUACUAGACAUGAACAAACAGCUUUUUGUUUCUGAAAAAUUUCUUACUCUUGCUUCCGAUGAAGCCCUGUACCAUGUGAUGCAGCUGUGUGAGCGGCUGCUUCUGGAUCAUGCUCACAGGCUAAAUGGCAAGGCUAAUCCACUACACAAAGGAAUUAUUUUCUGUUUGACUGCACCAAGUUCUUCUCUCCGUUUACGUUGUCGCCCUGUGGUGAAAAAGUUGGUUUCUGUGUUGGGGGGAACCCAGCUUGCACGUUCUUUACUCAAAGAAUUUACCAGAUUUCUAGAAACAGCCAAAAUCCAGUCUGGAGAAUCUGUUAAGGAAAACAAAGACGGACCAGAUACAGGCUCAGGUGGAGGAGGGGAAAUAACUGCAAAGGUGGCUGUGAACUGCAUUAUCACAUUUUGCUCAGGAAGCAACUUAGUGCCAGAAGAUGCUCAGCUUCUUGCUCUGGACAGCCUCAUCAGCUGCCAUCACCCAGCUAUUGUUGCAGCUUCCCCAAACUUAUGGCUGAAAUUGUUGAAAUACUUGAAACUGGAUCCGUAUGAAUUCAUCAGACUCUCUGAAGAGAAUAUAAAGAAAAUCUUUAUUGAAGAGUAUAGUGCAUCUCCAUGCAUGGAGAACUCUUUGCAGACAGUAGUCCGCUUGAAUCCAGAUGUUGUUCUUCCACUUCUGGUUACAUUUGUCAUCAAGCAAUUAAGUGAUCCUUCUAUUCUUCUUGUUACUAAAGAUGAAUACUUCACAUUCCUAACACCAGAAGGUGAACUUUAUGACAAGAGUGUAUUAUCAGGGAAGGAUAGUGAAAAUGAGCUGAAUGUGAAGAAUGUGAAACGGGAGAGUAAAGUGUAUUCGUACAAGGAGCAACUGGAGGAGUUGCAGCUACGAAGAGAAUUGGAGGAGAAACGGAGGAAACAAGGAAAACUGAAGGAACCUCAGCUGACACCAAAACAAAAGGAAACUCUGAGACUUCAGUUGCAGAGGGAAAGUGCAAUACGUGCAAGAUUGACUGAGCUGAAUAAAAGGCUUGAGAAUGUGGUGUCAAUGAUAAAGGCAGCAGCAAAUGAUAGUGGUGAAGAACUGUCACUAUACUUUCAAGAUCUUCUGCCACAUAUCUUGAAGGAUCUGCAGUCUCCAUUAGCCGCGCCGUAUCUAUCUGCAUUGUAUAUAGAUCUCAGGAAAUGUGUUUCCUUCACCAGCAGGCAUAAAUAUCUAGGUGAUCUUAUUGCACACGUGACUCUCCGACUUCAAGCCCCUUGUUGUGAUCUUGAUGCACGUUGGGAAGAUGAAGAUUUGAGUGUAGCUGUGACUCGCACCAUUACAGCUCUGCAUAAAGCAACUGUGAGGCCGCGACGGACGACAAGUGCUGACGCUCCGCGAACAUACCUAACAGCCCCAGCUUUCUGUUACGUUUUCCCUUUGAUACGUUUUGCUCUGCUGUCUGCAUUUGCAAAGGCAGAUGAUUCAUUGGUAAUUUCUGGGCUCCAGAUCAUUUCUGAACAUGUGCAGAUGAGAGGAAGUGCAGAUAAUACACAAGAGAAGGAUUGCUAUCAUCCUGAUUUGCUCCCAAGAAAGCAAAUGUUUGAACUCCUUAUAGAAAUGAUAAGUUGUACUGGUGGUCGCAUUCAGCAGCAAGCAGGCUCUGCUCUGCUUGACGUUGCAGCGUCAGGCUGUGGAGCUGCUGGUUGUGCGCGGGCUAGUGUGGAUGAGAUAGACAGUUUGCUUGCUGCAUUGCAGAAUCCAUCAGCAGUGGUGCGUGAUGCAGCUCUUAGGGGUUUGAUUGCUAUGGUUGGUGCCUUUCCAACUUUGAAAGAAGAUUAUAACCAAGCGUUACGACUUAUAAGGAGGAUUUGGGUUGCACAGUUUGAUGUUUGUGAAGAGAAUAGAGACCUGGCUGUAAAACUGUGGGCUGUGGCAGAGCUGCAACUUCCAGCUGCUCUUUGUGAUGAGUCACAGGCUCUUGCUGCCUUACUGAAACAGGAAACAGGCCUCAUCGAUCAUGUCCUGGAGCAGUUGCUUGUAAUCUAUCAUGAAAAGCUUGCAAUCUUACCUCCCAAACUGGAUAGUUUUGGUCGUGUUGUUGAACAGCCUGUGGACAUGUGGGAGCCACGCAGUGGUGUGGCCCUUGCACUUGCCCAGAUUGCUCCCCUUCUCACUCCAAAAUCUGUCUCUCAUCUCAUCACAUUUUUUGUGUCAGUGGGGCUUGGAGAUAGAAGCCCUGAGGUCAGAAAGAAUAUGCUGGCAGCGGCUCUAGCUGCUGUAGAUCUGCAUGGCAAGGAAACUGUGAACAGUCUUCUGCCUGUUUUUGAGGAAUUUCUGGAUAAAGCACCAGAUUCAGGAAGUUUUGAUGCCAUACGGCAGUCUGUGGUGAUUCUGAUGGGUUCCCUGGCCAGGCAUUUGGAGCGAGAUGAUCGUAAAGUGAAGCCAAUUGUUGGAAAACUUAUCGAUGCUUUGUCAACACCAUCACAGCAGGUACAGGAGGCUGUGGCCAAUUGUCUUCCUCCACUUGUUCCUGCAAUCAAAGAUGAUGCUCCACAUUUAGUCCAAAAGUUGCUUCAUCAAUUACUAGAAUCUGAGAAUUAUGGUGAGAGAAAAGGAGCAGCAUAUGGGUUGGCAGGAUUGGUUAAGGGGAUGGGUAUUCUUGCCCUUAAACAACUUGAUAUCAUGAAUACUUUGACAACUGCCAUUCAAAACAAGAAAAACUUUCGCCACAGAGAAGGUGCACUGUUUGCAUUUGAGAUGCUGUGCAACAUGCUCGGCAGAUUGUUUGAACCAUAUAUAGUUCAUGUUCUGCCACAUUUAUUGUUGUGUUUUGGAGAUGGAAGUCAAUAUGUCCGUGAUGCUACAGAUGACACGGCUCGCGUUGUCAUGAGCAAACUUUCUGCUCAUGGAGUGAAGUUGGUGUUGCCAUCUCUGCUGGCAGCCUUGGAAGAGGACUCGUGGAGGACAAAAACUGGGUCUGUGGAGUUGCUGGGAGCAAUGGCUUAUUGCGCCCCCAAACAACUGUCUUCCUGUCUGCCGAGUAUCGUUCCCAAGUUAAUUGAAGUUUUGAGUGACUCUCAUGUAAAGGUUCAAAGGGCUGGAGCACAGGCUCUGAAACUCAUUGGUUCUGUCAUACGUAACCCAGAAAUUCAAGCGAUUGUUCCUGUGCUGCUGGAGGCGCUGCAAGACCCGUCAAACAAAACUGCCACUUGCUUACAAACUCUUCUGGAUACACAGUUUGUGCACUUUAUUGAUGCACCGUCUUUGGCUCUCAUUAUGCCAGUUGUGCAGCGCGCGUUUAUGGAUCGUUCUACGGAAACGCGGAAAAUGGCUGCCCAGAUCAUUGGCAAUAUGUACUCCUUAACUGACCAGAAAGAUCUGACUCCCUACUUGCCCACUAUCAUACCUGGUCUUAAAACGUCUCUGCUUGACCCGGUGCCAGAGGUUCGCAGUGUCUCAGCAAGAGCUCUUGGAGCUAUGGUGCGUGGAAUGGGUGAAUCGAGUUUUGAAGAUUUGCUUCCGUGGUUGAUGCAGACACUCACAUCAGAAACAAGUUCUGUAGAUCGUUCAGGCGCCGCCCAGGGUCUUAGUGAAGUUGUAGGUGGACUUGGUGUUGAGAAACUGCACAGAUUGAUGCCAGAAAUUAUUAGUACGGCUGAACGGACUGAUAUUGCACCACAUGUAAAGGAUGGUUAUAUCAUGAUGUUUAUUUACAUGCCUGUGGUAUUCACCACUGAAUUCACCCCAUAUAUAGGACAAAUUAUUAAUCCAAUUCUUAAGGCUUUGGCAGAUGAGAAUGAGUAUGUGCGUGACACUGCGUUGAAAGCAGGUCAGAGAAUUGUCAAUCUUUAUGCAGACACAGCCAUCAUGCUUUUGCUGCCAGAACUUGAAAGGGGACUGUUUGAUGAUAACUGGAGGAUUCGAUACAGUUCAGUGCAGUUAUUGGGUGACUUGCUCUACAGAAUAUCUGGAGUGUCUGGAAAAAUGAGCACUGAAACAGCAGAUGAAGAUGAUAACUUUGGAACUGAACAGUCACAUCAUGCUAUCAUUGAUGCUCUUGGUGGAGGACGCAGAAACCGGGUACUGGCAGGGCUGUACAUGGGUAGGUCAGAUGUGGCUCUCAUGGUGAGACAGGCAGCUCUGCAUGUUUGGAAGGUUGUCGUCACCAACACGCCUCGGACUCUGCGAGAAAUCCUUCCUACGCUCUUCAGUCUCUUGCUUGGCUGUCUGGCCAGUACCAGCUACGACAAGAGACAGGUUGCAGCCCGUACUUUAGGAGAUCUAGUGCGGAAACUAGGCGAACGGGUGCUGCCAGAGAUCAUUCCGAUUCUGGAGAAGGGGUUGGAAUCAGAUCAGCCAGAUCAGAGACAGGGAGUGUGUAUUGGUCUCUCAGAGAUAAUGGCUUCCACCAGCAAAGACAUGGUGCUCACAUUUGUAAACAGUUUGGUGCCCACUGUGAGAAGAGCUCUGUGUGAUCCGCUGCCAGAAGUGAGGCAGGCUGCUGCGAAGACGUUUGACAGUCUGCACUCAACCGUUGGUGUUCGAGCACUCGAUGACAUCCUUCCGGCAAUGCUCAACCAUUUGAUUGACCCACACCCGAAGGUUGCAGAGUCCGCGCUAGAGGGGUUACGGCAGGUGAUGGCCAUAAAGUCACGCGUGGUUCUGCCGUACCUUGUUCCACAGCUUAUCGCUCCUCCACGAGUAAACACCAAGGCUUUAUCAAUUCUUGCCUCUGUGGCAGGCGAAGCUCUUACAAAGUACUUGCACAAGAUAUUGCCUGCACUUCUGGCAGCUCUGUCUAUGGCCCAAGGCACACCACAUGAGGCCCAGGAGCUGGAAUACUGCCAAGCUGUUGUACUGUCAGUGACAGAUGAAGUUGGUAUUCGGACAAUCAUGGACCAGCUGAUGGAGUCCACUCGGUCAGACAAGGUGGAGCUCCGACGUUCUGCUGUCACGUUACUCUGCGCCUUCUGUCGGCACACUCAUGCUGACUACUCUCAGUAUGUGCCACAGCUCCUGCGAGGCCUAAUACAUUUGUUCACAGACUCAAAUCCUGAUGUGCUUCAGAUGGCAUGGGAAGCUCUCAGUGCUGUUACCAAGACUCUGGACUCUUCCCAACAAACCACUCAUGUUGGGGACAUACGACCGGCCGUGCGUUUUGCUGUCAGUGAUUUAAAAGGACAAGAUUUGCUUCCAGGCUUUUGCUUACCAAAGGGAAUCACGCCGAUUCUUCCUAUUUUUCGUGAAGCUAUUCUUAAUGGGCUUCCUGAGAUAAAAGAGCAGGCUGCACAGGGCCUAGGUGAAGUGAUAAAACUGACCAGUGCUCAAGCUCUCCAGCCAUCUGUGGUUCAUAUCACGGGUCCACUCAUCCGUAUUCUUGGAGAUCGGUUCAAGUGGAAUGUGAAGGCUGCAGUGCUGGAAACUCUUGCUCUGCUGCUUGCGAAGGUUGGUGUGAUGCUGAAGCAGUUUCUGCCUCAACUUCAGACUACAUUCCUUAAGGCUCUGAAUGACUCCAAUCGACAAGUGCGUAUCAAGGCUGCUACUGCUCUGAGCCAUUUGAUUGUGAUCCAUACUCGAGCUGAUCCUCUUUUCACAGAGCUGCACACUGGAAUUCGCACUGCUGAUGAUCCUGCAUUCAGGGAGACAAUGCUGCAGGCAAUGAGAGGUGUCAUCAGUCCAGCUGGGGAUAAGAUGACAGAACCUCUUCGUAAAGCUGUAUACGUAACUCUGACAGGAAUGCUGGGUCACCCAGAAGAUGUCACACGAGCUGCAGCAGCUGGCUGUUUGGGUUCACUUUGUCGCUGGCUGUCAUCUGAGCAACUUCAUGCUACCCUUACAGAUCACCUCCUGUAUGAUGACCUGCCUUUGGACUGGACUGUACGCCAUGGCCGGAGUUCUGCCCUUUCAGUUGCCCUCAAAGAAGCAUCUCCUCAAAUUUAUACAGAUGAUUACAAGGACAAGAUAUGCAGAGUUUUGUUGGCUUACCUUACAGGAGACAGGGUACCGAUAGCAAUGAAUGGAGUCCGAGGGUGUGGAUAUCUUUUCCAGCAUUUAAUGCUAACAGGCCAACCCCUGCCACAGCAACUUCUGACUCCUUUUGUCAGGUCCAUGAAUCACAGCAGCAAUGAGGUGAAACAAUUGCUGGCAACAGUGUGUUCCAUGUUGGCCAAGACAGUGCCACCACAGCACAUGGCACCAGAACUUCUGCGCCUGCUCAUUCCUAUGUUGGUAAAUGGUACCAAAGAGAAGAAUUCAUAUGUGAAGGCCUGCAGUGAAUUUGCCCUGGUGUCAGUUCUCAGACUUCGGCAAGGGGAUGAAACUCAGCAGCGCUGUAUGAACCUGCUAGAUAUUGGUGCCCGUGAAUCUUUGAGCGACGUCAUCAGCAAAGUCUUGCGCAAAGUUGCAAACCAACCAGAGGGCAAGGAUGAGGAUAUUGAUGACACAUUAUUGACAUGAUCAGUUGUAGUCUGGGAGUGGAGCCUGGUGAGAAAUACAUGUCAAUGUCACAAGUGUCAAAUGGUGGUGUGUUAUUGGGAUGAUCAUGGCAUGUCAUUCUUGUUGAAACAGGUUUUAUCAGAGACAUUUUUUGACAUUUCCUUUAGCCUAACAUGGAAUAGGGAUCAACAUCAACAUUCAUCAGUAGCAAGUCCAUGCUACACUGUAUGUAAUACAUUGCAUUCUGUAGUUAAAUUAUUAAUGUGUAUAUGUAAACUUAAUUUUUCAUGAGCUGGGGCACUUCUGAGCAAUUCAUCUUUGUCUGUUUUGUCUCCAUGGACUCAGAUUAUUUUGGUUGAUGAGCUAUGUUGUAUCUCAAUCUCUUCCUUCUGUCAUGAACAUUAUGAGCUUCUCAUAUUCUGAUUGUUCUCCUCUGCAUUCUGACAUGUAUUCUUGUAUUUGGCUACCAGCAUUUGGGAGGAACAUCCCACCUCUAUUUUCAGGGUUGAAGUAAGGUGAUGCACUUCUCCCAAAUAUUAACAGAACCCUACAAGGUCACAUGGCAUCACAGCCCAUGGGACCAUAAUUUAUAUUUUCAUCGCUGUGAGAAUUUCAGAUCCCAGAAAGCUUCUUGCCGUUCAUUGUGCAUUAUGUAUUACAGUUUUUGUAGAUGAAACGUGAUGUUAGGAACCAGUAGAACCACUCCAUGUAGCAUGAUUGUACAAUAUUCUAAUGUAGUAGGACUUAUUUUGUAAAACUGAACUUCAGACACUUGACUGAUUGAGGUUGAAUUCCUCAGAAGUGCCCCAAGAAAUGCUGUCUUGUGUUCUUUUCUGUUGAAAGCAAUCAUCUGUCAUUUAGCAGCCUCGCUCCUGUCGAGGAAUACCUACGUAUUCAAUGUGACUUAAUGUAAAUGUGUUGUACAGUCAAGGAACAUAGGAACCAGGUGACUUUUAUAUUUUAAUUUUUAACAUCAGGACUGCAUAUAAUAAAACAAGACAGUUCCUUGUUUACCUUGUACAGUAACUUGUGCUUGGAGUUACAGCAUACAAAAUCUUGGUUUUGUGGCUGGAUAAUGGUAAAUCCAUUGGUUUGUUACUCAGUCAUCUUUUAUUUCUCAAAACAUUGUAAUAGAUAAUCAGUUCAUAGUGUUUCUGUGGACUUAUAAAUGGGAUGAAGGAUGUAUGACGGUAACAGUGAUAGUUUCUGUGCAUUCACUUCAUGGCAUGUGGUAUUAGUUUGACUUUUGUUUAGGUUUACUUCUUCUGGUUUUAGCAGUGGAUGGUGAGGAUGUUCAGAUUCCAGAUUUUGUUCCUUGUUGUGACCGCACAUUUGAUGUGUUUAACAUACUUUGUUAGUGAACUGAUAUAUAAGGAAAUAAAUAAACACGCUUCGUCUUGAAGUUGUAACUGUC